AUGUCCGACAUUGAGAAGUCGUUCGUGUUCCUCCAGGACAACCUGCCGCAAUGGCUGCAGGACAUUGCCAGCAUCCAAGAGAAGGUCACGGCCAUGCAGGCCGAUAACACGGAAGUGCCCGUAUCGCAGUCACCGUUCGGGAAGCGGACCGACUCCACCGCGUCCAUACGACCAGCACUGGACGCCAUCGCAGAGGACGCAGCGCCUUCGAACACAACACCUCCAGACGCCGUCCCAAGUCGCAAACGAAAGUCGCUUUCCGUCUCGUCCGGCCACGAACCUGGCACUGCCCGCCAUCGCCCUCGAACCAUGGUGGUUGUCAACUACGAUGGAGACAUGCAGAAGUCGUUCGAACUGCUCGUGCGGGCAAUAGGGACUGGACGCAACAUGUUACGUAAGGCCAAGAUGGAGGCCAGAAUGAAUGAGAUGGCCACCCAGGCAGAGUCGAGCGCAGAGGAGGACGACAUGGACGACGACGACGAAGAGAUCGACCUAUCCAAAAUCAACUACCGAGCCCGCAUGUCAUCAUUACGCGCAAGGUCGGCGGCGAGGAGAAGCGGCAGACUGGGCGUCACCAGUGGUGUAGAGACACCUGUCGUGCUGUUCGAUACCUCGGACAAAACGUUAGAGCAAGCCCAAGAGCUGUGCGAGAAGUCGGCGCAUCUCACAUUACGUGACGGCGACUGCAGAACAGAGCUGGAAGGGGUGCGAAAGAACUUUGAGACUGUGUUGGAGACGGCAAAGAUCGAGGUGGAGAAAUGCAACGCACGCAAGGCACAACAUCCACCUGAAUUACAGGCGCACGAGACCUCCGACACAUCCGUGUCUUCCCUAGAGCCCGAGAUGAAAUACCGGAAAGACACUUCGCAAUCCGUACCACCACCACCCGAACUCGAUACUCAACCCAAGACCACAUUGGCAACACAGCCUGCGCCUACCCCACAACCACUGAAAAUCGUCGACAUUGAGGUUGAUGACGAAGACGACGAUGACGACUUCGUACUGCCGCCUUUGCUUGUCCAAGCAGAUGCAAGCAUCACCCGAGAAGAAACCGCUAAUGGAUCGCGUCACGCAAGUGAAUCGCUCGACGAUGCCAGGAAACCCCCAAUUGCGUCCGAAGAAGCUUCCGAACGACGCGGCUCCAGUCAUUCCAGCGAAACAAUCAGCAGUGGCAGUACUGUCUUUCUCCACCCAGACGAGAGCGGUCAAGGUGUUCCCGAUCCUGUGAAGACACCGCAAAUCACGCCAUCUUCUGGAAACAAGGACAGCAGCACCAGUUCUCCGCCUAGUGCUGGCGUUGAGAAUGUCGUCGAAUCCAACAAGUCACCGAUGACACCACCCGCUUCCGCCGUACCUACCUCGUCUUAUAGCUUGCGCAGCCGAACACAGAGUAAGCUCGUAUACGACGUGAAGUACCACCCCAUGGACGAUGCCGUUCGACCCUCUCAGGCUGCCAAACGUCGCUCGGCACACGGAGAAAAGCUAGUCCCCGAGUCUGGCGAUUCAAGUGAGGCUUCUAGCAUCCUCGAUGCUGACGCUGAUAAAACCGAGUCGGACGAUGCACAAAGCGAGGGAGAAGAUGAGGAGGAGAUACCGAAGCGAAAGACGAAGAGCAAGGCGCGCAAGCAGUCCAAGUCGCGACCAGUACCUACCGAGGGUACGAGACGGUCUACGCGCAAUGUCUCGGGUAUCAAGGCAUCCUAUGAUAUGGGUAAACACCCUCAGGACAAGUAUCUUGUCAUCUCGAGCGAUGAUGACGACAGACCGAUCUCGAGCAACAAACGUAAGAAGCUCUCUCGUAAGCGUGCAAAUUCCGGACAUAAUGCAUCAUCCAAUCCCAAAGGAGCGAAGAGGUUUAAAGCAGUCCACGGGAGGCGAUCGCGCCCCGCCGACUACGAUACAUCCGAUGCGUUGGACUUAGACUCCAGUGGUGCGCCCGUAUUCGCUAGUGUGGAGGACGGUAACAACAUUGAGUCCAGCGCUUCUACUGUCGCCUUCACAUCCCCGCGCUUGCUGCUUAUAGCUGACACUACUGGCCAUGGCAUUCGUCGCCGGGAAGGGAUGGAUGUCUGGCACUAUCCUCCAGGAAAGAGAUACCUCAACCACGAUCGAGACUAUUGGUCUGUCCUUCCAGGCGAUGCCUUCGAAAUCUUUCAAGAGAAACUUGAAGACCAGCUAGCGCGCGAAGCAAUGGAAGCGUCACCACUGAACUAUGAGCAUGAUGAUAAAGAAAACCCCAGCAACACAGGCCCCGAGCCACUCAUCGAUGAGAAUGAAGGGAUGUCCAUCAUACCAGUUGCGCAAUAUCGACAGUCAAGCGCCGAAAAACAGGUGGCGGACCGACACUCCCUCGUCUCCAACGCUCUUUACUCUGACGAUCCUCCGCAAUCGUAUGGCCUAGACGGUACUGAUAAUAUCUAUGAAUCUCCUCAGGAUGACGUCUUUGACGGCAUGAACAUACUCGCGUCUGGACAAUGUUUGCCUCCGGGUCAGACCCAACCCGAAGCGCAAACUGAGACGCAGGACUCAGUGAUCGGUCCCAGCCUGAUCAGCGAUUCUCCAGGGUCUGAUUUGUGA